UCCUCAGUAGCGUGAACCAGCUGACCACAUGUGUGCACUCCAGGCGUCAUUAGCGGCAGUGCAGCCUGCAUAAAUGAUAUCUACGUGACGCCUUAACACACACACAACGAGGGUCCAGUGGACCAGGUGCAUGCUAGCGAGCGUAGAGUGGCGCCCAACACUGCCACUCGUGUCACAAUAUGGGCGGGAAAAGACACGUGAACUCGAAAGGAACGCUUAAGGCAGUGAGUGCGUGAGUGCCAGAUGUUGGUUGUUCAUCAGAGUGCCGCCGCGCCGCCACUUGCUGCCGGCAAGAUGGUGCUAGCGGACGGCACUCCCCUGGUGGAGACGUGCGUCCUCCUGCCGGCGGAGUUUGCCCUGAAGGUGGAGACACAGCAGCAGCAGGCCAGAGUGGCGUCCCUUCUGCACCUGCUGCCCCACCUGGCCCCCAGGGUGCCGCCUCAUCUGGCCCCCAGAGUGCCGCCUCAUCCCCCCCUGCCUGGAGGACCCUUCGUGGACCACCUCACCCCAUCAUUUGGCCCUCUGUCGUCGCCUCUCACCUCUCUGGCACCAGCUUUAAACCCUCUGGGGGCGCUGCCGCUGGGCCGUCUACCGGUGCCACCUGGCGACGACUGCAUCCAGGUGUGUGCCACCCGCCGCCUGCCCGUCCACACCCGCUACCUGCCCUUCAGCGGCACCGUCAGGACGGACACCCUGCCGCUGGUGCCCUGCCUGCCGCCCAUAGACCCGAGGCAGCGGUAUGGUAGUUACGAGGAGGUGUGCGAGCGGUCCACGGGUCGGGUGAGGCUGUGCAACUGGGUGCGCUUCCUGGCCUACUCCCUCCACUUCACUCCUCAUGUCAACAUGGUCGCCUCCCGAGUCAGGG